UAAAACGGGAACAUGGCGGCCGCAGCCACAGCUUUAUCUUGCAAAGCGAAGGUCAGCGUCCGCGGCAGCCCCGGCAGCCGGAGACAUGACUGACCCCGCACACUUGAGAUGUAUCUGAGUACUGAAGCUCACACACACACACAUGACCUACAGAACUGAUUUGACUGCCUCACUAAGUCUUGUUGCUGAUAUGUGUUCAAGAUGAGUGGGAUGGGAGAAAAUUCCUCUGACCCAUCCAGGGCAGAGUCAAGAAAGCGCAAGGAAUGCCCUGAUCAGCUUGGACCCAGCCCUAAAAGAAGCACUGAGAAACGUAAUCGUGAGCAGGAGAAUAAAUACAUAGAAGAACUUGCAGAGCUGAUUUUUGCAAAUUUUAAUGAUAUUGACAACUUUAACUUUAAACCUGACAAAUGUGCAAUCUUGAAAGAAACUGUGAAGCAAAUUCGUCAGAUAAAAGAACAAGAAAAAGCAGCAGCGGCCAAUGAAGAUGAAGUACAAAAAGCGGAUGUAUCAUCUACAGGUCAGAGUGUCAUUGACAAGGAUGCACUUGGACCAAUGAUGCUUGAGGCCCUAGAUGGGUUCUUCUUUGUAGUGAACCUGGAAGGUAACAUUGUGUUUGUUUCUGAGAAUGUGACACAAUACCUAAGGUACAACCAAGAAGAGCUGAUGAACACAAGUGUAUAUAGCAUCCUGCAUGUAGGGGACCACAAUGAAUUUGUCAGAAACCUGCUGCCAAAAUCUUUAGUGAAUGGGGGACCUUGGUCUGGUGAAGCCCCUAGGCGCAACAGCCAUACUUUUAAUUGUCGGAUGCUGGUAAAACCUUUAACUGAUGCUGAAGAAGGCCCUGAUAACCAGGAAGCACAUCAGAAAUAUGAAACUAUGCAGUGCUUUGCAGUUUCUCAACCAAAGUCCAUCAAGGAAGAUGGUGAAGAUUUGCAGUCUUGCUUGAUUUGUGUGGCAAGAAGAAUUCCAAUGAAGGAAAGGCCAAUUCCUCCCUCAUCAGAGAGCUUUUCUACUCGCCAAGAUCUGCAAGGCAAGAUAACUUCACUAGACACUAGCACUAUGCGAGCAGCCAUGAAACCUGGCUGGGAGGAUUUGGUGAGAAGAUGCAUUCAAAGAUUCCAUGCACAGCAUGAGGGAGAGAUAUCUUUUGCCAAGAGGCAUCAUCAGGAAGUGCUGAGGCAGGGACUAGCAUUCAGUUCUGUCUAUCGAUUUUCCUUGUCUGAUGGCACUAUAGUUGCUGCCCAAACGAAGAGCAAGCUCAUCCGUUCUCAGACUACUAGUGAACCUCAGCUUGUAAUAUCCUUGCAUAUGCUUCACAGAGAGCAAAAUGUCUGUGGAAUGAAUCAGGAUUUGACUGGACAAACAAUGGGGAAGACAUUGAACCCAAUUAGCUCCAGCAGCCCUGCCCAUCAGGCCAUGUGCAGUGGGAACCCAGGUCAGGAUAUGACCAUCAGUAGCAAUAUAAAUUUUGCCAUAAAUGGCCCAAAGGAACAAAUGGGCAUGCCAGCAGGCAGGUUUAGUGGUUCAGGGGGAAUGAACCAUGUGUCAAGCAUACAAGCAUCCACUCCUCAGGGUAGUAACUAUGCACUAAAAAUGAAUAGUCCCUCACAAAGCAGCCCUGGCAUGAACCCAGGGCAGCCAAACUCUAUGCUUUCCCCAAGGCAUCGUGUGAGUCCUGGAGUGGCAGGAAGUCCUAGAAUUCCACCCAGUCAGUUUUCCCCUGCAGGAAGCUUGCAUUCACCUGUGGGAGUUUGCAGCAGCACAGGAAAUAGCCAUAGUUACACCAACAGUUCCCUAAAUGCACUUCAAGCCCUCAGUGAGGGUCAUGGAGUUUCUCUAGGGUCGUCGUUGGCUUCACCUGACCUAAAAAUGGGUAAUUUACAAAAUUCCCCCGUUAAUAUGAAUCCUCCCCAGCUGAGCAAAAUGGGAAGCCUGGACUCUAAAGACUGUUUUGGACUUUAUGGGGAGCAAUCAGAAGGUACAACUGGACAAACAGAGAGCAGCUGCCAUUCAGGAGAACAGAAAGACAGUAAUGAUAACAAUGUGCCCCAGGUUAUCAGUGGUGAGAGGCCUGAUGGACCGAACAGACUGCAUGAUGGCAAAAGCCAGACAAAGCUCUUACAACUGCUGACCACCAAAUCUGAUCAGAUGGAGCCUUCACCCUUGUCAAAUUCUAUGGGAGAUGCUAACAAGGACUCCACCGGAGGCUUAUCUGGUUCUGGUUCAGCACAUGGAACCUCGCUCAAGGAGAAGCAUAAAAUUUUGCACAGACUCUUGCAGGACAGCAGUUCUCCUGUAGACUUGGCCAAACUUACAGCAGAGGCCACAGGCAAAGAACUGAACCAGGAGUCCAAUAGCACAGCUCCUGGUUCAGAGGUGACUGUUAAACAGGAACCAGUGAGUCCCAAGAAGAAAGAAAAUGCACUACUUCGUUACUUGCUAGAUAAAGAUGAUACUAAAGAUAUUGGUUUACCGGACAUAACCCCAAAACUGGAGCGGUUGGACAGUAAAACAGACCCUUCCAGUAGCACAAAGUUAAUAGCUAUGAAGACAGAAAAGGAGGAGAUAAACUUUGAGCCUAAUGAACAGCCGGGUAGUGAGUUGGAUAACUUGGAGGAGAUUCUGGAUGAUCUACAGAAUAGUCAGUUACAACAGCUUUUCCCAGAUACCCGGCCCGGUGCUUCAGCUGGAUCAGUCGACAAGCAAGCCAUCAUCAAUGACCUCAUGCAGCUCACAGGUGAAAACAGCCCUGGCACGUCUGUUGGAACCCAGAAACCAGCAAUGAGGAUUUCACAGAGCACUUUUAAUAACCCACGGGCAGGACAACUGGGCAGGUUAUUACCAAACCAGAAUUUACCACUCGACAUCACAUUGCAAAACCCAUCAGGUUCAGGACCAUUCCCACCGAUAAGAAACAGUAGUCCAUAUUCAGUGAUACCUCAGCCAGGAAUGAUGGGCAGUCAAGGGAUGAUAGGAAAUCAAGGAACUUUAGGGAACAAUAGCACAGGAAUGGUUGGUGGUAAUACCCCUCGGCCCGCCAUGCCAUCUGGAGACUGGGGUGCUCAGGGUUCUGCUGUGAGGGUAACCUGUGCUGCUACAACCAGUGCCAUGAACAGGCCAAUCCAAGGAGGCAUGAUACGUAACCCAACAGCCAGCAUUCCUAUGAGACCCAGCAGCCAGCCAGGCCCAAGACAGAUGCUUCAGUCUCAAGUCAUGAAUAUGGGGCCAUCUGAACUGGAGAUGAAUAUGGGGGGACCUCAAUACAGCCAACAGCAAGCUCCUCCGAAUCAGACCGCACCGUGGCCGGACAGCAUCUUGCCUAUAGAUCAGACAUCUUUUGGUAAUCAGAACAGGCAACCGUUUGGCAGCUCACCAGAUGACUUGCUGUGCCCGCAUCCUUCAUCAGAGUCACCAAGUGAUGAGGGAACGCUCCUGGAUCAGCUUUAUUUGGCACUAAGGAAUUUUGAUGGCCUAGAAGAAAUUGACAGGGCUCUUGGAAUACCAGAACUGGUUAGCCAGAGCCAAGCUGUAGAUCCAGAGCCAUUCUCAAGUCAGGAAUCCAACAUCAUAAUAGAACAAAAGGCACCGGUUUUCACUCAACAAUAUGCAUCUCAGGCUCAAAUGGCCCAGGGUAGUUAUACACCCAUGCAGGACCCAAACUUUCACCCAAUAGGACAGCGGCCUGGUUACGCAACACUGCGUAUGCAACCUAGGCCUGGUCUCAGGCCUACUGGUAUAGUGCAGAACCAGCCAAAUCAGCUGAGACUUCAGCUUCAACAUAGACUCCAAGCACAGCAGAAUCGCCAGCCACUGAUCAAUCAAAUCAGCAGCGUCUCCAAUAUGAACCUGUCUCUGAGACCUGGAGUACCCACACAGGCACCUAUCAAUGCACAGAUGCUGGCCCAGAGGCAGAGGGAGAUACUGAGCCAGCACCUGAGGCAACGACAGAUGCAUCAGCAACAGCAGGUGCAACAGCGGACUCUGAUGAUGCGAGGACAGAGUUUGAAUAUGUCACCAAGCAUGGUGGCCUCUGGUGGCAUACCAGCAACCAUGAGCAACCCACGGAUUCCGCAGGCAAACGCACAGCAGUUUCCAUUUCCUCCAAACUAUGGAAUAAGUCAACAACCUGAUCCAGGCUUCACAGGGGCUACCACUCCCCAGAGUCCACUGAUGUCCCCAAGAAUGGCUCAUACUCAGAGUCCUAUGAUACAGCAGUCUCAGGCUACUCCUGCCUACCAGUCCUCUACAGAGAUGAAUGGGUGGGCACAAGGGAAUAUGGGUGGAAACAGCAUGUUUUCACAACAGUCCCCUCCACAUUUUGGGCAGCAAGCAAACACCAGCAUGUACAAUAACAACAUGAACAUCAGUGUAUCCAUGGCAACCAACACAAGUGGCAUGAACAACAUGAACCAGAUGACAGGGCAGAUCAGCAUGACCUCAGCGACCUCUGUGCCUACAUCAGGGUUGUCCUCCAUGGGUCCUGAGCAGGUUAAUGAUCCUGCUAUGAGGGGAGGCAAUCUUUUUCCAAACCAGCUGCCUGGAAUGGAUAUGAUAAAGCAGGAGGGAGAUGCAUCUCGGAAAUAUUGCUGACCUUGACGGUUGCUGGUUGCUCCUUUCUUCAGCUGCCUGGGCUCACCAGCCCAAAACACUUACCAGUUUGA